AUGACGGAGACAGACAUUCGAUGCAUAAAAUGCAACGAGGAGGUGACACUUGAGAAUAGUCAUGCCAGUGGGCGGAACGCCCUAAGGCGUGUCUGCGGGGAAUGUUCCGCCACUGACAGGUGGCUCCAAAGGUGCCGCAAGAGUAAGGACAAAAAGGGGGAAACGGAAAAGGAAAAAGAAGCGAGGUUGAGCGCUGAGAAGGUGACCCUGUCGCUGAGCAAAAUGAGCAGUGAGGAGAAGGUGGCUUGGUACAAAAAACAGAAAGAGGAAAGGGCCGAGAGCGGCGGAAACCGCAAGCGAACCUUCGAGACGGCGGUCGGGGCCUUGACUGAAGCGAAGAAGAGGCUGGAAAGCCAACAGGACGUGGACAGGUGGUUCCGGUACAAGGACUGGGCGGCGAGGGAGGUGUUGCUGACAGGAGCAAAGCCCGAAGAGCUGCCCAGGUUGUGGAGGUCAGAGACCUCGAAGCCCGGCGCAAUCACGAAGGUUGUGCGAGGCGAGCUCUUGUUGAAGGAGUGGACAGGCUGCGAAGACCGCUUGGGGUCGCAGCACGAGCUGUCCGCCUCCGUGAAGCAGAGGAUGGAUCUCUUGGCAAAGGAAGACCUGGAGAGGUUCCAGGAGAUCUCCCGUGGCAGGCUCGAGCGAGGAGAGAACCUCCUUUCGGCCGACCGUCUUGUGAGCAGUGCAAACAACACAAGGCAGGAAAGCCAACUCCUCAAUGUCGUGUCUGACAUGGAGGAGGCGGCCACAAACCGCAGGGCAAUGGAGGCCCGUCUCUUCGAGGAAGCCGAGCUCGCCGAUGCGAGGCGAAAAGCGGCCCAGGAAGAGAAGCCCAAGCUUGCUUCUGCCACCCUCGAAAAGCUGCAGUACCAGCAGGCAUUGGAGAGAGCGGAGACAACGGUGAAUGCGUGGCUGAUGAAAAGUCGCAAUGCCUACACGGGCAUGACUGCAGACAUCAAAGAAUCCGGAAUAGAGGCGGAUGAGAGUGGCAAGCAAGAGCUGCAGAUCAAAGCCCAGGACUUCGAACGGCUGAUCUCCGAGCUGAAGCGGGAGGUGAUGGAGAAGAUUGAGACACUUGGCUCAUUACAGAUCUUUUUGAAAAUCAAGCAAGAUGGGACAGCGGUUGGCCCGACGGACCUGGAGGAGCUGGCUCGGCAUUGGAACACACUCUACAUUCGGGUGUGCAAGGCAGUGAAGGAUGUCUCGACCACCCAAGCCGCCGCCGAUCUGAAGAAGUUCUUGGGCGGCUUCCGGACCUGGGUGAACCAGUUCAAGAAAAGGGUUGGAAGCACGAAAAAGACAAAGAAGGACAGCAGCAAGGAUGAGAACAAGAAAGCGAAGCUUAGCGGCCCUCCUGCGGGAACUGAUACGAAGCUGGGCGAGGAGAUCCUCACCAGCUAUGCCGGGGCCUUGCAUGCCGGGCAGGAGGUGUCCGAGGUUUUCAAUUUGGCCAAUGAAAGCUUCAAUGUCCACGACUGGCUGUGCCAGGGCAAUGGGUCGCAGUGCCUGCGUGUCACCGCAGCACAGACAAAAGCCUUCGUCGAUGAGGUCUGCAGCCUGACUUACUUCAGUCAGCAGAAAGACUGGGUCUAUGACAGCUGGAGCAAGGACAAGGCCAAGGCCCAGGUGUCCUUGGCCCUUGUGGCCAAGAGCUCCAUUGCGACGAAGAUCAUGAAGGCUUGGGCCCACGUCGUGGGAAAAACAGCAGAAGAUGAAUUCACAUCCGUGAGCACGGACGUGGAUCCCCUCCUCGGCGAGGUCUUCACACCCUGCUUUUGGUCCUUCGGCAAGAAGACCCACAAGGUCUUCUACUCCACCGACUACGGCCUGGCGGAGUUCAAGGUGAUCUUGGAAGGGGCAUGCCUUUGCAUCGGCAGGCCUUUGCCAGAUGAAGGCCUCAAGAACUUCGGCAGCUUCUGCCAGACCGUGUGCGAGUACGAGAGCCAGACGUGGCUGGAUGAGUGCCAGGAUCAUGGCUGGGCUGUUCUGCUGAAGAAAGGCGAGAUGCUGGGAAUCCCAGCUGGCCAUGCCUACAUUCAGGUCUGUCUGGAAGAGUCCCACGGCCUCAGGAUCCUCAAGGGGACCCGCCGUGGUCUCAAAGCCACCAAAGACAUCCUGAAGGCCAGGAUCCAGCAGUGGCCGGAGUUGCAGGAGCAUCGUACCGGAAAGCUGCUGUCCUGGGCAAACUCGGUGUGA